AUGCUCGAGCUGCUCUCAGAGACCUCACAGCCUCUCUACUCGAGCCGGUCUACGAGCCGGGGCUACGACCGCCUCACAGCCGCAGAGGAGGACGCCAACGGCAACAGCAGCCCCGCCCCCCGCCACAGAGCUCAGCCCACCUCCACCAACACCACCACGCCCACCUCGCCCACCAGCGAGAGCGCCGUGGAGCUGGCCACGCCCACGACCGACAUGGACGUGGCGUCGACGGGGUCCGCCUCCAUCGUGGAGUCGUCUUCGGACUACGACCACUACAUGAGUCAGUCGGAAUCCGAGGAAUCGGACGAUGACGACGACGAUGACGAGGCGCUGACCUGCAACGUAUGCGACAGAGCCUUUCCAACGAGCAGAUUAUUGGCUUCACACCAGACUAGGAAGAGACACUAUGGAUGUUCGACGUGUGAGAACGUUUUCCCCACACUCAUGUCCCUCGAAGCCCACAAGGAGGAGACCAACCACUGGUCCGACGACGACCUCUUCAUCGACGACGAAGACGACGACGACGACGACCUCGACGAGAUCUACGGUGACGUCCAGAACGAGGAGGAGAGAGAAAAACUGUUGUAGUCUCCCCUCGAUCGUCUGACAUUAUCGUCCGUUUUCAUUUGUUGAUUUUUGUUCCGCAUUAUGCUAUUGUCUUCUCUUCUUUAUUUUUUCUUGCAAUGUCAUGAGGGAGGUAUUUUGUAAAAAACGAAAUAAAAAUGAAAUAAAAAUCUUUAAACAGCA